UGUUUUUACUGGGACCUGAUAUUUCUAACCAGUGUGGAGUGGACAUGAUGCACAUUUGCUGAUUUGUCACUGGUCCUGCACUCAUGAUGCUUCCUGGCUUCCUCUUUCUGCUCCUCAACGCAGUUGUGGAUGGGGAGUCCGUGUGCUGUUAUCAGGAUGUUUUAAACUACCUGAACUUGACCAAAAGCAAUGAGCUGUUCUCCAUGACGCGACCUGUUAAAGACUAUAAACAGCCCACGCAAGUAUCCCUGGAAGUGCUGCUGUAUGCCAUUCUAGAUGUGAGAGAGAUUGACCAGACAUUCGUUCCUUACGUUUGGAUUGUCACGACCUGGCAGAAUCAAUACAUUCAGUGGAACCCAGAUGACUUUUGUGGUAUUGAGGCUGUUUCGCUUCCUACUGAAGUUUUGUGGAAGCCAGAUAUAACUAUUGAAGAAAUGACAGAAAAAGACAAAGCCCCUCCAAGUCCUCAUCUCACCAUCUACAGUAACGGUUUAGUCACCGUUCAGAACGACCAGGUGCUGGUGAGCACCUGCAGGAUGCAUGUUUACAAAUUCCCCUUUGACAUUCAGAGCUGCAACCUCUCGUUCAAGUCUGUUGUACAUUCAGUCAAGGAUAUACAGCUUGUCCACGAUCUGAGCUCUUCAGAGAUGUCGCAUGCAAGGAUGCGGACCCAGUAUGAGUGGCUCUUCAUCAACAUGACAGUCAGCAACAAUACUGUCUACAUGUUAGACCUCAAACAAGAUGUGUUGAUUUACACUAUCUCCAUGAAGAGGCGGUCUCUCCUCUAUGUUGUCAACUUCUUGCUGCCCAUCCUGUUCUUCUUGUGUCUGGACUUGGCCUCCUUCCUGAUCUCAGACAGCGGAGGCGAGAAACUCAGCUUCAAGGUCACUGUGCUGCUGGCCGUCACUGUGAUGCAGCUGAUUCUGAAUGAAAUUCUGCCCUCCUCAUCAGAUAAGAUUCCACUCAUAGUGCUCUACUGUAUUGGGAUUUUUGGUUUGAUGAUGCUGAGCCUCCUGGAGACGAUUUUGGUGAUGUAUCUGAUGGGGAAAGAUGCUGCAUCUGAAGACAACAACACAGACGGAGAGAGAAACCUGAGAGAAGACUGUGGCAGACAGAGCAAAGCCAAAAGAGAUGACAAGGCAAGGACUGAUGUGUUUGCUGAUGAAACACCAGCUGAACUGCUAAAGGGUAGCGGCAGCCAGCUGACGGACGUCUUUGAAAAGCUCUCUGAUGAGCUGAGGGAGGUGGCGAAAACACUGGCUCAGGUCCUCGACAGCAGGAAGGAGGAAGGGAAGCCUGGAUACUGGACCAGAAUGACUAAAACAAUCAACAAAGUUUUCUUCAUUUUCUAUGUUAUAGCUUCCAGUCUGUUUUUACUCUGCAUGUUCGUCAGUUGGAAUAAUACACAAUAGUACGAUUGAACUAUGGCUCCCUUUGUUAUUACUGGAGAGACUUAUCGUCGAACAAAAUGUGUGUAUGUGUGUAUUUGACAUGUUCACAAGUAGUUCGGUAUAUAGAAAAUUUAAAAAUUCUUUCAUGUUCUUUUGAUGUUCUAUCCUGCAUCAACACAACUGUAACAAUGUUUACUGCAUGUUCCACACAUCUGUCACAUACUCUGUAUACCAUAUCAUAGUAGAGUCACAUACCUUUGAUAUGUAAUAUGAGCAACACUCUUGCUCUUAAUAAAUCUACGAGAUGCAUGAUAAAAAUAUGUAAGUAUUCAAGUUUUCUUCUGUUUUUCUUGUCUAUUGCAUGUCAAAUUCAAAGUCAAAGGGCAUUUAGGGAGGAAAAGAUUACAACAGUAUUCUCCUCUGGUAUGCAACACUGCAGGCGUAUCAACAAAAUGAAAGUCCGUCAUCCAUCCCUUUUCUACACCGCUUGUAUGUGCUUCGUCAAAGUGAGAGUUUUAA